UCAGUUUCAACCAAUGUAUCUCCACUUAUCAGUCAUAUAAGUAUAUAAGUAACAGUCGGAAGGCCUCAGUAGCGUCAUUACACCGGAAAUAGUUUUUUUUUCCCCCUUAGCUAGCAUGUAUGUUUUUGUAGUAGAGAAUAACUUUCAGGUUAAUAUGAACAUGCUGUUUAAUGAUAUUUUAAUUUAAUUUAAAUUUGUUUCUUGUGACGAGAUAACAAAAUUCUACUUUAUUUAGGUUUAGUUAGACAUAAAAUGUUUCCAGCAGCUUUCCAACAUGGCGGUGGGAGGCCAUAUUGAAAGAACACGGAGCCUCAUGAUGCCAUGAUAGACGAUACAGACAACAGUACGCAGUUAUUCUGGAGGCAAUUAAUCCCAAUCAGCAUAUGUGGCGCAAUAAUGAAGGGGGCAACAGAGGAACACAAUUCAAUCAAAACCAACGAAGUAAACUGCAGGAGCUGGAAAGAAGAUAAGUAAAUAUACAACAAUUGUGUUUGUUCAUGUCCUUUGCAAAAAAACAAAAUAACAAAAAAACAACAACUCAUUAGUUAAUACGGACAUGUGACACGAAGUCAUGCAUCUGAAACAACGGAACCAGUUACAGUGUGUAUAUAUUUGAAGAAUAUUAUUGAGUGAACCCUGUUUGACAAAGGUGUGGUUUGACGACACAAUCACCUGUUUAUUCACGCGAAGUUUGUGCUAUGAAUGGUAAUACAUUUAAAUGUUUAAAUGUACAGAAAAACGAUUAAGUUAGUAAGAUUUAAAAAAAAAUACAAAAUGAAAUGUUUAUUCAAUGUUUAACUGUCUAUAAAGCCAAACGUUAAAUUGUAGAAGUACAAAAUGAUUCAAACAGCCAGCAUGAUUUGUAUUACUAUUAUUAAUAUUAUUAUAAAUAUUAAUAUUAUAAAUAUAAUUUUUUAUGAGGUGCGAACUUUUCAACAUCUGUCUUUUUUCACCCCAGAUCUGUUGGUGUGGUUGCAGAUCAAGAGUGGAGAUAAACGUGUGGGCGUUCCUGGUCGUGUUAGUGUGUGUUUGUGCGCACACACUUGUGUGUGUGUGUGUUUGCACGUCUUCACACACACACCCUUCUCCCUCCCUGUAGAUCAAGUGUUUUCCACCUAGAUGGGCGUGAUCGCACGGGGCGGGUCUUCUGUCUGCAGCUAUCAGAUCGUCGCUGUCUGGGUCUCACUUCUACUCAGAGGUACAGUCCGGGUCUGUUUAGGUCUGUCUUCAGUCCAGCAGUAGAUCAUUCAUCUGUGGGAUUAUCGGCGGGAUAGGAUAAAAUGAUGACUCCAGAGCCGCUGCGAUCGGCCACGACUGUUGGAAGUGGGGAGGACACUUCGCUCGCGCUUCCGUCCGACAGCGGACUACGUACGGGACAACAGCGCGUGCUCGACCAGGUGCACACGCUGAAGAGAAGCAAGUCCAAACCCGGGAAGAACGGAACCAUGGGCCCGGUAUCGGCAGGUCAGACAUAUGAGUUUACAUCCUUCAAAUUUUCUCCGAGUAAAGCCAGCAACGCCUUCAACCGCAGCUCGUCGACCAGUUUCAUCAAAACGGCCAAUACCCAGAGAAACCGCACUCAGUCCACCAAGUCCAUGGGAGGAAGACAUCAGAGCACUUCAGGAGCAUGGGAACAGCACAGCAAAUAUUCUAAUUGGGCCACAGGUCUAGGUACUCUGAAACCCAGCCGCAGUGACCCGGCCCUGGCUCACAGGUUCUACGCCGUCCCUGGAUCUUCAGUAAACAUGAAAAACAAAGUUCAGACUGCCCAGAACCACUACAACGUCCAAACUCAGAGCAAUCGACAUAGCAUUUACUCCGUCAACGGCAACUACAUGACCAAUAGCCAGACCCGCAUUACCCAGCCCACAUCUAGCCAGUCCAACAUCGAUGGCAAGAUGGGCACCAUGAAGAUCUCCAAGACAGACCUGCAGCAGUCUGCAGUAAAUACUGGGAUAAAUCUGUCAGAUCUGACUCUGAAAGAGGCCGUGGAAUUCUUAUCCCUUCCUGAGGAGAACUUCCAACAGUGUGGCGCCUCUUUCAUCCAGCACACCACAUACAAGGAGGAGCGAGCUAAACACGAGGUCUAUCAGCUGGGUGGGAUCCCCCUGCUGGUCAGCCUGCUGUGCCGCACCAACCCCGCCGUCAGCCAGGCUUCUGCUGGUGCCCUGAGGAACCUGGUCUUCAAAGAUCACAACAACAAGCUGGAGGUCCAGCACUGUGGAGGAAUCGCCAAGGCCUUACAGCUCUUAAAGGACACGGACUCCACUGAGACCCAAAAACAGAUCACAGGCCUGCUGUGGAACCUGUCGUCAGCUGACGAGCUCAAGGGGGAACUGACGGCGACAGCUCUGCCGGCUUUGACCGAGAACGUGGUGGUUCCGUUCACCUGUUGGUCCGACAACAGCGCUAACAACAACAUCCACCCUGAUGUAUUCUUCAACGCUACAGGCUGUCUGAGGAACCUGAGCUCCGGACAGCAGAGGGAGAGGCAUGUGAUGAGGGAAUGUCGAGGUCUCAUCGAUUCUCUCAUGAGUUACAUCGAGUCCUGCGUCGCCGAAGAAAACCCCGACGACAAGUCUGUGGAGAACUGUGCCUGCAUCCUCCACAAUCUGACCUUUCAGCUGGAGUCUGAAUCCCCUCAGUCCUUCAACAAGUACUAUCCCCAGACGGAGGUCCAGCCACAAAGUAAGAAGGGCUCACCGAUUGGCUGCUUCAGCCCCAAAAGCAGCAAAGCUCAGAAACAGUUUUCCUUCGACGUGAAUCACCCACUACCUGAGGACAGCGCCCCCUCAGGUGAACGGUGGCUGUGCCAUCCCAGAGCCAUGCAGACCUAUCUGUCCCUGUUGGGCUCGUCCCAGAAAGAUGGCACGCUGGAGGCGUGCUGCGGCGCGCUGCAGAACCUGACUGCCAGCAAGGGGCUGGGUUCCAUGGCCAUGAGUCAGAUUCUGGUCCAGAAGCUGGGCGCUUUGCUACACAUCUCCCCUCUAAUAAAGUCUCCCAACAGUACCCUGCAGAAGACAGCCAUGUCCCUGUUGAACAACAUGUCUCGGCUGUCCAGCCUUCAGCCGUCCAUCUCGAAGCAGGUCCUCCCGGAGCUGUGCACCCUCUUAUCCUCUGGUCCUCGUGAAAUGGGAAAAUGUGAUGAAACUGUGGCAGCAGGAUGUAACACAGCUCGCGCUUUGAUGACAGCUGACACUGAGAGCAGCAAAAAGCUAAUCACGACCAACCUGGUGACAGCUCUGGCAGACCUCAGUGAGAAUGGGUCUUUCCCCAAAGGAAGCAAAGCCGCGUCUCUGCUGCUCUACAGCUUGUGGAACGAGAAGAACUUCCAAGUUGUUUUGAAAAAGAUGGGUUUGGCCAAAUCGCUCUUCAUCAACAACAACACCACCUCUGUGCACCGGUCUGCACAGAUCAUCGACUGAGCUUCCCACAGUCGAGGGGCCGCCGUUCCAUACGUCCCAGAGGUAUGGUUUAGGUGCAGCGGCGCGCGGGUGGAAAUGUGUGUGUGUGUGUGUGUGUGUGUGUGAAAGAGAUUUAGAAGAGUUCUGCGUUGACUCCUGUUCAUGUGUGAACGUGCAGACGGAAAAGUGCAUGUUUGAACAGCGAUGCUGCUGCCGCCGCCGCCGCCG